UUUGUUUUUGUGAACCAUUUGUUUGAUUGUUAUCUCGUCUUUGAUUACCAUUUAAUUGAUUGGAUUUAUUAGUAAUGAAUAUCAAUGAACUCAACGACGACUGUCUGAAGAUUGUCUUAUCAUUCAUACCAUUCGGGGAACUGUUGGCCGACCGCCGGGUCUGUAAAGACUGGCAACAAGUGAUCGAUGAUUAUCUGUCACAUGUCAUACACUUUGCAUACAACCCAUCAUUCAAUGGUAAUGACGGCAAAUCUGAUGUGAAUUUACCCCGAUUUGGACGUUAUCUACAAUUGAUGCCCAAAUUGACAUCAUUUUCAGUGACAGGUGUCCAACCGUUGGAUCCGAUGAUCAAGAUUCUUGUGGCCAAAUGUGCGAACAUAACUCGUCUAUACAUGAAAGGUGUGUACGAAGUUGUGUCCAUCACUGUUAAGGGCAUCGAGCAGUUGGUCACAGCAUAUCCGGCGCUCACACACCUGGAUGUGCCCAACUGUGAUGUCAACGACCGUAUGAUCGAGAUUGUGGCCACACGUCUCACCCGAUUGGUCCGCUUUAACUUCGGCACCGAUUGGGAACUCCAUAAUGAUUACCGUUUAGGCGCCGGCUUUACGGGUCAAACACUGCGCUAUAUAUCGGCCACAACUAAGUCACUGAUGAUCGGCGAGAGUGAAGGCAAUGACCAGACGGUGAUCGAGUCACUGAUGGCCGGACCCGCGCGACAACACGUGCUCGCGUUGAAGAUCCACUUGAAUGAGUUGAAGCACUUGUCCACCAUCUGUGACCAAAUGCCACAAUUGCGUGAGUUCUACUGCAACUUCGAUGGCGGCGAUAUCAGCGGCGAUGUCAAUAACAUCGGUUGCGUUAGUCACGUGCAGAAGUUGCAGAAUCUGGAAGUGCUUGAAGUGUCAGACGAUGGCCGCAAUCACUGUUACUCCGGCUGUUAUAGUCUGUACACAUUGCGAUCCUUAACCCAUGCCAUUAGCGGUCUGUCGCGGUUGAAAGUGUUGCGACUCUUGGAUCACGACAAUUGGCACCUCAAUAAAGAGUCCAUUGAUCCACUUCUCGGCCAAUUGAAGAGAUAUUGUCCCGAUUUGACCGAAUUCGGUGUUAGCGCCGGUCUGUUCGACUUGAAAGCUAAGAGUUACCGAUUGAUCGGUGAACUGAAUCUACCGGUGGUCACCAUUCAGGACGACCGGAUCCCUAACGGCUGGUACGAUGACAUUGAAACACAUUACGUGUCUAACGAUGAUGUGGUGGAUCUCCUGAAGGCGACCACUAAUAUGCGUCGAUUUCGUGUUGAGAACUGUUCAGAGAUAGACAAAGAGGCGGUGAAGGCGUGUCUGGAAGUGUUGGCCACAAGAAGUCGCCGACGAAUUGAAUUGAUUUUAGUUAAUACUACCGAUGAAAUCGAAGAAAUAAGGGCUGAGUUUACGGUUCCGCCGAAUGUGUCGCUUGUUUUCAUGUAA